AAACCCGGGGCCUGCUGACUGCGACUGCCUUCUCCGCUCGGGCCGGGGCGGGCGCUGCGCGCUCCCUCCUCCACCCCAGGCAUCAAGUCUCCAGAGAACAAGUCCCGGGGUCAGACGGCGUCAUGGAGCCCCCGGGGGCGCAGCUGCUGGGUUUGGAGGCGCCGGGACCUGCGCCUUUUGAAGACGCCCCGCCUGCCGAGGAGCCGUCCGCCCCGGGGGUCCUCUGCACCGAGGGUGGCGGGGCCGGCGGCGGCGGGUCGGCGGCCCCGAGCUCCGACGCCGAGUCCCCGUCCCCGCGGGAAGAGGCUGCCCCCCCGGAGCAGGAGGAGCUGCUGGAAAGCCGUCGCCGCGCGCGCUCCUCCUCGCUGCCCGCCGGCCCGAUCCCGCAGGCGGCCAAGUUCCUGCAGCGGCGGCGGCCGCCCGCCCCGGGGCCGGGCGCGGAGGGCGGCGAGAGGGCCGAGGACGCGCCGCACAGCCCGGGCUGCUGCGCCAAGUGCAGGAAGCGGGUGCAGUUCGCGGACGCGCUGGGGCUGAGCCUGGCCAGCGUGAAGCACUUCAGCGAGGCCGAGGAGCCGCAGGUGCCGCCCGCCGUGCUCUCCGGCCUGCGCAGCCUCCCCGCGCGCGCCGAGGACCUGGAGCGGCUCCCGGGCCUGCUGGCCGCGCCCCUCCGCGCCCCGCCUCCCCGGCUGCGGCCUCUCUUCGAGCUCCCCGGGCCGCGCGCCGCAGCCGAGCGCCUUCGGCGACAGCGCGUGUGCCUGGAGCGCGUGCAGUGCUCGGCACCCUGGGGCGCGGAGGUGACCGGCUCCGGCCGGGUGCUGGGCUGCCCGGGGCCGCGCGUCGUGGCCGUGCGCUACACCUUCACCGAGUGGCGCUCCUUCCUGGACGUGCCGGCUGAGCUGCGGCCCGAACCGGGGGAGCCUCCGCCGCCAGAGGCGCCGUCGGGGGGGCCGGGGGAGGCCGAGGAGGAGCCGAGCGCCGAGCGCUUCCACUUCGCGCUGUGCCUGCCCCCGGGCCUGCAGCCCAAGGAGGGGGAGGACGCGGACGCUCCGGGCGUCGCCGUCCACUUCGCCGUCUGCUACCGCUGCGCCCAGGGCGAGUACUGGGACAACAACGCGGGGGCCAACUACACGCUGCGCUACGUGCGCCCUGCCGACGCGCGCUGAGCCCGCAGCCCUGGGCGCCGCAGCGCUCGCGGGGACGCGGGAAGGGGCGGAAGGGGCCGACGGCGCGCGGCGCGCAGGCAGCCGCGACGUUUUGCGGAGCGUCAUCCUCCCGGAGAGAGGGCGCCGCUCCCCGCAGGCUCGCGCCCCAGACAGAACCCGCCAGCAAGCGCGGAGCCCUACCCGGCGAAGCGCCCUACCUUCCCGGCCUCUUACCCGUCGCUUUGGCCUCUGGAGUUCUCGCCGCGCGUCGAAUGGGAAGAAACCCUCAAGAUUCUGAGCAGUGAAUUCUCCACGAAAAAGACUCCUGACUCCUGAGCGAGGCUAU